GUCCUGGAGAUAAGGAAGAAGAGGCCGCUUUCGCGGACUCUUGUUUGGCACUGGCGCAGGGCGACGUUGUGGAGGUUGCCGCGAGCGGUGGUGGCUGGGUCUACGGACGUGUUGUUGGAGCGCCUGAUCGACAUGGCUAUUUCCCAGAGACACGAGUGUCAUGGCUGGGAAGGCCGGUGGCAGGGUCUGAGCCAACUUCCCCGAAUCUCAGCCAAGAUGAGUACGCGGCAUUGAGGGAAGCAGCAGCAGCAGCUGUUGAUCACCCUGAGGCCAUCCCGGAUGCACCCAGGACGACGAUUGUCAAGGAUAGGACUGCCAUGUGGUGCCGGGUACGGCGACGUAUUUUUAACAGAUUGUCAUGUUCGCAUCAUCGCUUGGCAUCUACUCGGUCAAGGUUUCCUUCAGCUACAGGAGCUUUCACACCCUGCCGAGUGAGCCCAGCGAGAAAAGGCUUGGUUCAAGAAUCAGAUGAGGAGAUGAAGAGGGUCAUUCUCACCAUUUCCGGCAAGGUAGGCGCAGCUGACGGAAGUGACCUUUGGAAUCAGCUUGCAAAGGUCAUGAGCGCUGCGGAUGCCAACAUCGAAGUUUGCGGUGGAACCUUCGUCCAGAUGAGCGAUAAAGGCAAGACAAGCGAGGGAGAAAGCUUCUCAGUCAGUGCCUUUGGUGCUUACAUUUUACCAGCUGGGUUAUCUGAGAGUGAUGAUAAAACUCAUCUGGGCUGCACUAUGUUUGUAAAGGCGAUUUUGCCUUCUGCUCGGGUGCCGGCACUGACGAAGCUCCUACAGACACACAGCCCAGCGCAGGUUUUCACAGCCAGCUUGAGCUCGCCAGAACCUCCUGAGAGAGGGCACUCUAUAGAAGACUGCUUCAACUCUCUCCAUAGUCAUGAGCAAACGGGCACUAUAUACCUGUUUGGUAUAGACAGACCCGGCCAACUUGCAAAGAUUACAGAGACGCUGACCCGAUUUGGAGUCAGCGUGUCGAAUCUGAGAGUUCAAAGUGGAGGUGCGGACAGCAGCAAGGGCGACUUCUUGCCUAGCCCGAGCGGUGGUCCUUUGGCUGAGAACAGGAUUCGCAUACGCUUCGACAAUAGCUCCAUGGAUACUGCAGAUAGGCUCCGCAAAGACAUACAAACCGUGGGCGAAGAAUUGGGCUAUGCAGUCACGUGUCUCACCCUUGAUUCUCAUGCACAAUUUGGUGCCUUUCAGCCGAGUUACUUGCUUCAACGACGGGCCUUUGUUGUGUGCUACCUUAUGGAGAUGAGAAAGCAAGCAAAAGUGCGACUUCGGCGCCCCAUUCCACUCAAACGGGAAAGGAGGAGAGGGACUUCAGCACCAUGACCUGGAUGAAUUUUCACCUCGCCAAUUCCAAUCAUGAAAUUACUCGCUUCAGAGCAGCCCUGUGGAAUUUACAGCUGCAGAUGAAGAGGGCCACCUUUGAUUUGUGCCCCUCUGGGCCUCAGGCAUCAGGCCGAAAUUCAUGGGUAGAAACUCUAUCCUAGCGGCUUAGCAUAGCCAUUGUGUAGCCACUACGAUCCACUACGUGCAUUUGAAAGCGUGGCAACAAGCGCCGACAGAUGUCAGUGCAAGCGGCGACAAAAGGGACGUAUGUGAUUCAUCUGCCCGCUGCAUGUGCUUGCAGUAUCUUACAGUCUUACAUUCAGUGGAUCUUGGUGAAUAGAUUGUAAUAGAUUCUUUCCCAUCAUGAAUAGCAGCAAGGUACUUCAAUGGAUUCUGGAGAAACAAAUCCGGAAGCACUCCAAAACCAUUCCUUGAACAUGACGGUUGUAAUUCCACACGGCACAGGAUGAGGUUGCCACAUCAAUUCCGGCAAGUCCCA